CAUACUCCCAGCCGAACGGCAGCCAACGCGGCACCAGAAGCACUGGCCUUCUUCCCUUAUCGUACGAGGCGCGCCGAGACAGGCAGGCAACCAUUGACGCUCCAGUCGCUAGUAGGACAUUGUGCUGGGACCUAUCAUCUGCUGCCUGGAACUUGGAAGUAUAUCGCCUCGUAAAUCGCCCAUUGUGUGCACGCUCGACCGCACUUUCUCCAUUCCAAAGUCUAGCAGGAAUUCUCACUGCAAUAAUGGACAUUGUUCUCGAAGUCGUGGAUCACUACGUGGCGGAUCGCAUCUAUGCAUGGGCUUUGCCAAUACAGCAAUUACCCUUUGACGCCUACAGCAACUACGGCAAUGGCACCAUCCAGCGUACGUCGAACUGGGAGUAUAGACCGAGCACGCAUCUGUUCCACCUCGAGCCUGCGGCACAAGCAUACGAAAGCGUCUGGUCAAGAGACAACGUUUGGCGUCAGAUGUUCACACUCUUCUUCCUGGGAUGGGUGUUUGCCAUGGUAAACUACUUCUUCUUCGCCACACUUUCGUACGUAUUCGUCUUCGACAAAGCCACAUUCAAGCACCCCAAGUAUCUCAAGAACCAAAUCCGCCAGGAAAUCAAGAAAGCACUGAUUGCCAUGCCUGGGAUCUCAGUUCCCACGUGUAUGGUCUUCCUGCUCGAAGUUCGCGGCUAUACUCGCCUAUACGGGCACACAGCAGAAGGCCCAGGGGCAUGGUACGACUACGCGCAGAUCUUCUUCUUCAUCUUGUUCACCGACGCGCUCAUCUACUGGAUUCAUCGCGGCCUCCAUCACCCCAGGAUAUACAAGUGGCUUCACAAGGCGCAUCACAGGUGGAUCAUGCCGACCCCGUACGCGAGUUAUGCUUUCCACCCGUUGGAUGGGUUUGCGCAGUCUGCGCCCUACCAUCUGUUUCCGAUGCUCUUCCCGAUGCACAAGUUCGUCUUCAUUACGGCGUUUAUGUUUGUGAACCUGUGGACGAUUAUGAUCCACGAUGGCGAAUACAUCACAGACAACCCGGUCAUUAACGGGUCUGCCUGCCACUCUGCGCAUCAUCUCUACUUCAACUACAAUUACGGCCAGUUUCUCACAGUCUGGGAUAGGCUUGGCGGCAGCUACCGAAAACCAGAUGCUGAGUGGUUCGACAAACAGACGAAGAUGUCAGAGAAGACCUGGCAGUCAGGCGUCAAGGAGAUGGAGCGUCUCCAAAAGGUGGUAGAGGGCGAUGACUCGAGGGAGUAUUCGACCGCAGAAAAGAAGCUGCAGUGAUCUGUCUGUUGUGGUACCACCCGUACAAUUUAUUUCGCGAGUCUGAUCGGAGUUAAGAAAGCUUCUGACGAUAAUCCAAUUAACGUAUAUAUUCUCACCAAAAGGCCAUCCCCGGCCGCCCGCAGACAAAUCAAGUUUAGAUAAUACCGCCAAUGGCAAUGCAGGGGAGACC